AUGUUGGUGAGCGGCAAAGCAGACUUGAAGCUCGGGUGCUCUUCGGCUCUCCUCGCAGACUCCCUGUCCACUGCUGCCCGAUUUCAGGGUCUGCUUGCCACUGAGCCAUCUGCCUUCUUCACCAGGAAUCACUGCUCGCCCACGUGGCGCCUUGACCUGGGAGCCAGCUUCUCCCACCUGCCCACUCCUACACUCCUGCUGUCAGACCUAGAUUUAUACCGGGGGCCGGGCACUCAGAGAAACGGGACUCGCGAGUCUGGAUUCAGCCAGAGAAAGACCAUCGCUGCUGCCUUGACCUUCCCCUACCCACCCCCCCGACCCUUGAAUGUGUCGGGCACUCACUCUCCCAGCCUUGAAGCUCUCUCCUCCCGCACAAUCAGGGGGCACUGGAAUAGCAGCCGUUCUGUCCUCACUGAUCAGCAUGCAAUCUACAGCUGGCAUUGCUUUUCACUCCUGGUGGGGUCAUCAGCCUCCCUGCCGAGGCCCAGGAGUUUAGACCAAGACACGGCGGCAGUAAGGACUUGGGUCUACUUGGACCUGCGAGGGCUCGGGGCAGAUGCUGCCGUGGGAGCGGAGGAAUGCGCCCGCCCUUGCGUUCGACAGCCGGUGUGCGGGGGCAUUCUUAUCAUGCUUCUUGUGGAGCUGCAUCUGCUCCUGGCUUUCAGAACUCCGGAGCAUUUUCACAACAAAAUGUUAGGCUAUAUUUAUCUAUCACAUCACCAAAGCCCGUCUUUGAAAUUUCUGUCCAGGAAACGUUUGCGCUGUGCUGUUAACGAGUUCAGCAAACCUGACGCCUCCCUGAUCCUUGACUUCUUCCCCUGUAAAAGGAGCGGAGCUGGUCACAAGCCUCCCCUCCCCACCCUUGACUCUGACAUCGAGGCCCCUACAAGGUCACAGAACCCUCUGGGCUGGAAAUUCCUCUAG